AUGGUUUCGCACAGCUUCAUGGUGAUGAACAGUCGCAGAUGGGUCCAAGCCCAACCCUCUCGCUGUCCAAAGGUGACCCUCAGCAAGGAGGCUCGUGCAGCCAUAACUGCCCAACGUCGCAAUAAAUCCUAUCAGUUUAGGGUAGCUCUUCACAAUGCUUGGGAUGAGCUCGAUGAGACUAUGAAGACCAUUGCGUCCUCGCAUCAUAAGAGUUUCUGUCGUAAUGUGUUCUGCUGGAAGAAGCGUCAUGAAGACAAGGAAAAUGGGGCCACAGGAAAGGCUGUAUUGCAAGAUCUCAUUAGGGAUGAGAACCGCGAUGAAUAUUGCAACCUCACAGACGAUGAGAAGGCACAGCUUUUGCAGGAGUACCGUGAACACAAGGAGACGAAGACUACCAGCAUCCGUAUCUCGACAAAAUCAAAAGUCAACAAUGUAACGCAGACACUCAAGGCUGUCGAGAAUGAGCUCAAGAACUUACGGAUGCGUACAGGUGCCGAGAGUAUCCUCUACACCACGCAUGGCUCUACAGAUCUCCCUCUCCAUGGUAUCACUUUUGCAACUGAAGGUGUCCAUGAGUUCAUGGGCUCGGUGAUGAAUAUUGAUGACCAGGACCUUGUGAGUAAGAUGGAGGGGUUUGCUGUCCAGGGGAUGAAAGAGGCAAUCACACAUGAUCUGAAAGCAUGGAUGCACUGGGCACACUACUGGCAGAAUAUUGUCCAGCACUACCUUGUCGUCAUCGAAGGUUGGCCCGAAAACAUACCUUUUGUCAACCUUAGCACAGUAUCCAGCGCCCUACCUGAUUUGGAGAUGCUUUUGGACAAAUGGGAGACUAGAGAAAUCCAUUGGAAGCAUCUGGACGAAGAUGAGUACAAGAAACUUCAUCAAGAACGCCAUGAGAAGCAUCCCGCAAGCAUACACCUGCUGGCACCCCCCGAGCUCAUGUCAUCCACUCCUCCCACUGUCCUGAGUCUGUUUGUCCCUGAGCUCACAUCAUCUGCUCCUCCCACUGUCCUGAGUCCGUUUGUCCCUGAGCUCAUGUCAUCCACUCCUCCCGCUUCGUCAUUCUUCAAUGGUGAUAUGUUUGGCAUGGACUUCUUGCCUGCAAAUAGUCCUGGCGCUGGUACAUCUGUUGACAUGAGGUCCGAAUUCAAUUUUGAUGGUAUCUCAGGUAUGCUAGACUUCAUAAACUUUGAAUAG